UGACUAGUCAUGAGAAGUAAUAAUAUCUGACUUUAAUAAAUUUUAUUUAGACAGAGAAAAGAUGAGCGAGAAAGAGACGCUAGUAGAAGCAGCUCUCCGUGUGUUGAACACAGCAGACCCAGUUGAAAAGGCAAAGCUUGGUGACGAAGUUGCUACAAAAUGGCUCGAGGGUCUCAUCAUUCAUACUUAUAAUCCACAUUCACAAGAUUUAACUAUCCCAGAUCGUCCCGCGAGGCCGGACAAAGUGAAGCUAGUAGCUUCUGGACUUGUACCUAAGCUUGGGAAAGCUGGUAACUUGAAGAGUAGACAGGCUAUUGUGCAUAGUCUUGUUCAUACUGAAAGCUGGGCUAUUGAUUUGUCUUGGGAUAUAAUUGCUCGCUUUGGUAAGCAAGAAUCCAUGCCAAGAGAAUUCUUUACGGACUUUGUGAAGGUGGCACAGGACGAAGGUCGGCACUUCACUCUUCUUGCUGCGCGUCUUGAAGAACUAGGUUCUUUCUAUGGAGCAAUGCCAGCACAUGAUGGACUCUGGGACUCUGCAAUGGCUACUUCUAAAGACUUGCUGGCGCGUCUUGCCAUUGAGCAUUGUGUUCAUGAGGCUAGAGGUCUAGAUGUGCUACCAACAACUAUCUCUCGUUUCCGUAAAGGAGGUGAUGACCAGACUGCUGAUUUACUAGAGAAGGUGGUUUACCCUGAAGAGAUCUCGCAUUGUGCUGCCGGCGUGAAAUGGUUCAAGUAUAUCUGCAUGAGGUCAACUAUUUUAGAUUCUGUUGGUGACUUAACAGUCUCUGCAGAAAGUGGCGUGCAAGAGACUGAUAAUAAUAUUGAAGAAAAUGAAGUGAUUAAGAAAUUCCACGAGACUGUGAGGACAUAUUUUAGAGGGCCGCUGAAGCCGCCUUUUAACGAGGCAGCAAGGAAAGCUGCAGGUUUUGGCCCUCAUUGGUAUGAGCCCCUUGCCGUUAAGGAUGUUAGUAUAGAAUAACAAAUUGCACGAUGUUCUUAUGAUUACUGGUCUCUAGUUGGUGAGCUUUUAUAGAAGUUUCUCUUAAUUUCA